UGCAGGCAGCUCUUCCUUUUGCAGAUACAGUCAACUCUCCAGCAGAACUACUCUGCUUUAUGUGGAAUACGGACCCUAGAAAAGGACCCUGCCUGUGGACACGUGAAUGCAGCAGGCUUUUCCACCUCAGGCAACAUCAUAUGAUACCAACUGGAUUGUAAAAAUCAGUCGAUCAAAAUAAUCAACGAACCAGGACAAGAAAAGAGCCAAAGCUAGUGACACUGGGCAGAUCUACCUUUGAGAAGUUUUGCCGGUUGCCAUGGGGGAUUCUGCCAUGGACUCCACUCUCCCCCCUCCUGAGAGCGCUGUCCCGGAGGGCACUCUCUUUAGCAUGACUGAUGUGUUCCUCUUCUCGCUCAUCGUUGGCCUCCUUUCCUACUGGUUCCUCUUCCGCAAGAAAAAGGAAGAAAUCCCCGAAUUCACCAAAAUCCAGCCAACAACAUCCUCGGUGAGAGAGAGCAGCUUUGUUGAGAAGAUGAAGAAAACGGGGCGAAACAUCGUGGUGUUUUAUGGUUCCCAGACUGGUACAGCAGAGGAGUUUGCCAACCGCCUGUCCAAAGAUGCCCAUCGUUACGGCAUGCGAGGCAUGUCAGCGGACCCAGAGGAGUAUGAUUUGUCUGAUCUGAGCCGCCUCUCUGAGAUUGACAAUUCCUUGGCUGUGUUCUGCAUGGCUACGUACGGAGAGGGUGAUCCCACGGACAAUGCCCAGGAUUUCUAUGACUGGCUGCAGGAGACUGAUACUGACCUGACUGGUCUCAGAUUUGCAGUAUUCGGGCUGGGCAACAAGACUUACGAGCACUUCAACGCGAUGGGGAAAUACGUGGACAAGAGGCUGGAGCAGCUUGGAGCCCAGCGGAUAUUUGAGCUCGGCAUGGGAGAUGAUGAUGGGAACCUGGAGGAGGACUUCAUCACUUGGCGUGAGCAGUUCUGGCCGGCAGUGUGCGAGCACUUCGGUGUGGAAGCUACUGGAGAGGAGUCCAGCAUCCGUCAGUAUGAACUGGUGGUCCACACAGACAUCAAUAUGAACAAGGUCUACACUGGCGAGGUGGGCCGGCUGAAGAGCUAUGAAAGCCAGAAACCCCCUUUCGAUGCAAAGAACCCUUUCCUGGCACCUGUUACCCUGAACCGAAAGCUAAACCAGGGCGGAGAGAGGCACCUCAUGCACUUGGAAUUGGACAUCUCUGGCUCCAAAAUCAGGUACGAGUCUGGGGACCAUGUUGCUGUGUACCCAGCCAACGACACAUCACUAGUCAAUCAGAUCGGCGAGAUUCUGGGCGUAGAUCUGGAUAUGAUCAUGUCCUUAAACAACCUGGAUGAGGAAUCCAAUAAGAAGCAUCCGUUCCCCUGCCCCACCACGUACCGGACAGCCCUGACCUAUUACCUGGACAUCACCAACCCACCGCGCACCAACGUCCUGUACGAGCUGGCUCAGUAUGCCACAGACCUCAACGAGCAGGAGCACCUCCGCAAGAUGGCGUCUUCCGCUGCUGAGGGGAAGACGCUGUAUCACAGCUGGGUUUUGGAGGCCAGAAGGAACAUAUUAGCCAUCCUGCAGGAUGUAUCUUCUCUCCGACCACCCAUCGACCACCUCUGUGAGCUGCUGCCUCGCCUGCAGGCCCGUUACUACUCGAUUGCCUCCUCUUCCAAGGUUCACCCUCACUCUAUCCACAUCUGCGCUGUGGUUGUGGAAUACGAGACCAAGACAGGCCGGGUGAACAAAGGAGUGGCCACUACCUGGCUGAAGAACAAGGUGCCCAAUGAAAACGGGCACAAGGUGAUGGUGCCCAUGUACGUCAGGAAGUCACAGUUCCGGUUGCCUUUCAAACCCAGCACACCUAUCAUCAUGAUCGGGCCCGGGACUGGCAUCGCCCCGUUCGUUGGCUUCAUUCAAGAACGAGCCUGGCUGAAGCAGCAAGGGAAGGACGUUGGCGAGACGGUGCUGUACUACGGCUGUCGCCAUGAGAACGAGGACUACCUGUACCGAGAGGAGCUCGCCCAGUUCCACAAGGAGGGAGCCCUCACCCAGCUCAAUGUCGCCUUCUCCAGGGACCAAGCCCAGAAGGUCUACGUUCAGCACUUGCUGAAGAAGAACAAAGAGGGGGUCUGGAAGCUGAUCCACGAGGGGAAUGCUCACAUCUACGUGUGCGGCGAUGCUCGCAGCAUGGCGCGGGACGUGCAGAACACCUUCUAUGAAAUCGUGGCGGAGUUCGGGAGCAUGACCCAGCCCCAGGCUGUGGACUAUGUAAAGAAACUGAUGACCAAGGGCCGCUACUCCCUGGAUGUCUGGAGCUAAGCCGGGCUUCUGGGCACGAGAGAGGGAAGGAUUCCCAGACGGCUGCUGGACGGGAGAUGAAGGGCACCUGCCCCAGCCAUUGCAAGAACAUGCCACUGAAACAAACCUAAUCUUAGAUCCCCUCACCUGGUAAUUGCCCUUUUGUACCCACCUCUUCCCCCUUUGCUAGAUUGCUCCUGAGAGCCCUGCAAAGGGCAGGGCAGGGACUGCUGGAAUCCCCCUGGGUUUUCUGGGGGAACACGCGUCUCCAGUGGGAUGGCUGGGCUCGGCCCUGAACCAACAGGAGCCAGGGUUUGAUGAACCCCCCUGGGUUCCCCUCUCCUGCAGCGCAGGGCAAAGCCAUUAGCUGGUGGGGCUGCCUGCUCUGCUUUGCUGUCUGUGCAGCGAACCAGCUGCAGGACACUCUCCAGAG